AUGAAUUUAUCAAAAAAUGGUUAUUCAUAUAUAUUUCCAUACAGUUAUAUAGAGUGGAAAAAACUUGUCAUUGAGGUAAGAGAAGAUAAGUGUUACAAAAAUUUAGAAGAAAAAAAUGAUAUGAAAUUAAUUUAUGAAACUUUAAUCAAUGAUAUUCAAAGUACAUUCAACAAAUUACCACUACUUCCUGAACUUUUAUGGUAUUAUGAAGUUAAUUAUAUAUUUGAAAAAGGGGUAAUUGGUGUGUUAUGGCAUGACAUCAUCCUCAAUGAAGAUUAUUUUUUUGAAAAUGAAAAAAGAAUAAAAAAUUUUUUAUUUAAUAUUAUACAUUCAGGGUCUUUUAAUUCAGAGGAUGAAAAAGAUAAAUGGAAAAUUUUGUAUGUUGGUUAUUGUUUAAUAAAAAUAUACCAUCUAACAAAAGAUGGUAAAUUUGAUGAAAUUAAAAAAGAUUAUGACAAAAUUAAGGAACUUUUAAAAAUAUGUGAUAAUGGUUUGAUAAUUGGAUAUGAUUUAGGAAAAAAAUAUCUUGCUGAGUGUGCAAAUUUUUUACAUAACUUUUUACCAAUACCACCAGAGUAUAAAGAAAAUAUUAAUAAGGAAAUAUUAUUACCUAAAGAAGAGUCAAAUACAAUAACAAUUCCAACAAUAAAUGUUGAGGAUGAAGAAACCUUUCUAAUAGAAUAUUUUUUAAAAUCUAAACCAGUUAUUAUAAAAGAAUAUGUAAAUAAAUGGAAUGCUUUUAAUAAAUGGAAUCAUAAAUUUUUUUACCAAUCAUUUUAUUAUCGUUCAAUUCCAGUGGAGUAUGGAGAAAGUUACAUUUCUUCUGAUUAUAAUUCUAAAGUUAUUACAUUUGGAGAGUACCUAAAAACAACAAAUAAUACAGGUUACCUAGCACAACAUAAUAUUUUUCAUCAAAUACCAAAAUUGAAGGAUGAUAUAAUGAUAACAAGUUUAAUAUUUUGUGAUUCAAUUACCUCAGAUUAUAGUGAUGUUGAUAUGAAUAUAUUUUUAGGUAAACCAAAAUCAUACUCUCCUUUACAUCAAGAUCCAAGGCAUAAUUUUUUUUGUCAGAUUAAUGGAAUGAAAUUUGUUCGUUUAAUAUCAAAUAAAUAUGAUAAAACAAAACAAUUAUACUGUUUUGAUGAUGAUACUACUAACAAAAAUAGUAGUAAGGUAAAUAUAUUUAAUAUUGAUAAAAAAUUAUAUCCAAAUAUAAGUGAUGUUGUUUUUGAGGAUUAUUUAAUGAAACCUGGAGAUUGUCUUUUUAUUCCUAGAGGAUACUUUCAUGCAAUGUAUGGACUAACAAAUAAUAUUUCUUUAUCACAAUGGUUUGGUGAUACUUUAUUUUAA